CUUGUAGCUAGGCGUAAGGGUUGAUGCAGCUUACCGCGCUGCUGUCGGGUCCUGUGGCCAUAGCAGCCAAAUAUCUUUCCUUGCACAAGGCCAGGCUGCCACCUUGUGCGCUGCUCAAUUAUAGCACACUGGCACCUUCUCGUACCCAUGUAGUAAUCUACGCCUUAGCUAGACGGUGGCUGCUUUCGGUAACAGCCCCGACUACCAUGUUACCACGCGCGAUGCAGCAAACAGUGCCCUCAAGCACCUCCCACACUCCCUCAACACACCAGCCCCCGUCCUCCUGGCCACCGUUGUGUCCCAACCACCGUCGCUGCACCUUGUACUGCGGCGGCUUCCGUGCCCAUGGCACCGGGAUGGCUUCCCUGUACGGCAGGACAAUGUUGUCAACUUCCUCCACCGCCACCUCAGCCCUCCUUCUCCCCUUUACUACCUCCAUAAUUGCAAGCAACAGCCUUCAACGCCGUAAUACCGUCAGAAGCCUAAGCAGUGACAGCACCAACAAACGUAGCGGCCAUGGCCAUGGAGCAGCGCUACAUGAAGCAACCAGUGGAGGCUCGGGUACCCUUACACGCGCUGCCAGCGACGGCGAUGGCAAUAACAGCGUCGUAGCUAUCAGUAGCAGCAGUACCCGCAGUAGCAGCGGCAGCAGCAGUGGUGGUGGCGGUGCUGCGGGCGGUGGUCUGCAGGGUGUGGACUACAGCACGCUGGCCGCUAGCUGCUGGGAGCUGAGGGAGGGCUGGGUGCCGGCCAAGGUGGAGCAGGUGGUGAUGCCCGACAAGACCAGCCUCUGCCUGCGCCUGCGCACCCCCUCCUCCUCCGGCUGGCUGCGGGUGUGCUGGCACCCGGUGGCAGGCAGGCUGGCCAUGAUGACCCACGGGUCGGUGCCGGAGCGCGGAAACGCCUCGGAGCUCUACAGCCUUGGAGAGCAGGUCCACUCCGCGCUGGCUGGUCGCGUGCUGGUGGGCGUGUCGCUGCCAGCCGCCUGGGAGCGAGUGGCGGCGCUGCGGUUCGGGGAGCGGCCGGGGGAGCCGCCCUCGCACCACCUGUACUGCGAGGUGAUGGCAAGGUACAGCAACGUCAUCCUGACGGACGCAUCCGACACCGUGCUGGCGGCGGCUUACCAGGUGGGUGGCAUGAUGUCCAGUCACCGGCAGGUGCAGGUGGGCCGCACCUACUGCCUGCCGCCGCAGCUGUUCGGGGUGCCGCCGGACCACUUCGCAGCAGCCAUCUCCGCCCCUGCCUCUGACGUCACCGCCGCCUCCCCUGCCUCUGCAAACACCACUGCGUCUGCGGCCCCCAGCGGACACGGGGGCGAUCAUGGCGUCGUCAUGGAGGCAUGGCGGCAGACGCUGGUGCGUGCGGCGGCCCUGGCGGCGCAACAGCAGCAGCAGCAGCAGCAGCAGCGGCAAGCAGGCGAGGAGAAGCGCCGGCGGGCUGCGAAAUCAGGGGGCAGCAGCAGCAGCAGCAAGAGCGGCAACGGCGACGGCAGCGGAGGGGCCAGUGAUGCCCUUGCUGCUGCUGCUACGGAUGCUGCUGUCACCGCCGCCCCAGUCUCCGCCGCCCCUGCAGUUGUCGCGGGGGAGGGUAGGCUGGUGGACGGCUUCAUUCGCGCCUUCCACGGAGUCAGCCCCGCUCUGGUGGAGGAGCUCUGUCGUACCGCCUGCGCCUCCCUUGCCGCAACCGCUGCUACUACUAGCAGCAGCAGUAGUAGUAGUAGUAGUAGCGAUUCUAGUCACGGCAGCAGCAGCAGCAGCAAUACAGCGUCAUCACACUCGCCGCAAUCCUCUUCACCCUCCUCUUCCUCCUCCUCGCCACCCAGCAUCUCCCCCGACUGCUGCCCAGCCUCCCUGGGCGAGGAGGCCUGGGCCGCGUUGUACGGGGCGUGGCUGGGGUGGCAGGCGCGGCUGAGGAGCGGCGGGUUCGAGGCCACGUCAGAUCCGGACACUGGCAGGUACUCCGUGUUUGGCUCCCUCCCCCGCCGCCACGCCUCCGUGCACGCACUGCUUGAGGACUACUACGGGCCGCUGGCGGCGGCGGAGGCGCAUGCGCAGCUGUACGGCAAGCUGGCGGCGGCGGUGGCUGCGGCGUUGAAGAAGGCACGAGGGAAGGUUGGUGCCUUCCAGCGGCAGCUCUCCGAGUCGGGGCGCUGCGAGGAGGUGCGGAGGCAGGCGGACCUCAUCACCGCCAACCUGUACCGCAUCCCCCCCGGCUCCCCCACCGCUGAGGUGGAGGACUGGGAGACCGGCCAGCCGCUCACCCUGCAGCUCGACCCCACCAAGCCGCCCGUGGCCACUGCGGAGGCGCUGUACCGCAAGGCUCGCAAGUUGAAGCGCGCGGUGGAUGCCGUACAGCCGCUGCUGGAGGAGGCGCAGGGGGAGGUGUCGUACUUGGAGGAGAUUGAGGUGGGGCUGGCGGGUCUGAAGCGCUGGAGUGGGGACGCUGCCGACAUGACCGCACUGCGGGAAAUCCAGGAUGAGCUGGUGUCCGGCAAGUACAUGAAGCCCCCGCCGGACGCCGCACUGGCACACAAGACCGCCGCCCGCGCCUCCAAGGCGGCGGCCCGAGCGGCAGGGAAGAGCGCCAAGGGCGGCAAGGGGGGUGCAGGCGGUGCGGCUGGGGUGCUGGACAGCGCCUCCGCGUCCUCUGCUCGGCGGUUCACGAGCCCGGGGGGCUUCACGGUGUUGGUCGGGCGCAACAACAAGCAGAACGAUGUGAUCAGCUCGCAGAUCGCAGCCGACGAUGACCUCUGGUUCCACGUGCGCGGCCUGCCGGGCUCCCACACCCUCCUCCGAGUCACCUCUGGCUCCUCCGCCUCCUCCUCCUCCUCCUCCUCCUCCUCCCGACCUCAAGCUGGGCCCUCAGAAGACGACAUUCAGUUCGCUGCCGACCUAGCUGCGUUCUACAGCCGCGCGAAGGACAGCCUGAAAGUGGAUGUGGUGAUGACCCGUGGGUCGUGGGUGCGCAAACCGCGGGGUGCCAAGCCGGGAGCGGUGGCGGUGACGAAGGAGCUGAGGAAUGUGGUAGGGCGGCCGGGGCGGAGUGUGGCUGCGGCAGAGGGGGC